CCCACGCCCUCCGUUGCUCCACGAAUUUGCUUAUCUGCUGACGAGAUAGACUGUACAUCCAAGGGGAAGACUACAGAUAUCUCUGCGAGAUAUUGCGGAGGAGGGUUCUCAAAACGUAGAUACUAGGCCGCUGCUUGUGAAUGGCCUACUGGGUUGCAUUAGUAGCUCUUUGAAACACAGCAGUGCAGCAUCACCGCCUCGCAUCACAGACUACAGCAGGGCAAGUAGUUGCUCCCCUGUUGGAAUCUCUACAAGAUUACCGAACGGGUUUUUCUAUGGUCAGGCGAUUUACGUAGGCGAGCUUUCCAAGGACAGCUCUAAUCGUGGGUUCAGAGUCAUUCUGUCCGACGGUUCACACGCACGCUCUUUGAUCUAACGGUCAGCAAUGAAGCAGAAACUCUCCGUGAAGCCGCAUCCGCAUCAACCACCGAUCACAGUAACCCUAACGGACGAGGCUGACGUGGCAAACGAGUGGGUCCAGUCCUUCGCAGGAUGGGACGUAACCUCCGGCCACCAGCACCGAAUCAUGCUCGGAAUGGACAUCAAAUGCCAGCCAAUCAGAUCGCGAGGCCGGGAAGGCAGCGUCGCGCUUGUCCAGCUCAGCAACAGCACCCACUGCCUGGUCCUCCAGAUGCUCUACAUCGAUCGGAUGCCGGAAGAAAUCGCCGAGCUCCUCGAAAACCCCGACGUCCCCAUUGGGGGGUGCGGGAUCGAGGCCGCUGCGAAGCUCCUCGAAAUCGACUACGGGUUACCGUGUAACGGCCUCGUGGAUCUGGGGCAGCUGGCGGCGAAGAUCUACCACAACAAGCGGUGGCGACAGGCGGAUCUGGACGAGAUGAACUACCAGCUGGUGGGCGCGCCCGUGAUGAAACCGCGGCGGGUGGGCCCGGCGGAGUGGUGGCGGCAGGGGCUGGGGUGGAACCAGAUCCAGCUGGCCGUGCUGGACGCGUGGAUGGCGUUCUCCGUGUUCUCGCAGCUCGCGCUCACCGCCACCGCCAAGGCCGCUCGCCCGGCGCAUGCGUGAAGCUGGGAGGGAGAGUCGGCGCUGGUUUGGAAAUCGACGUUUCAGAGGGAGUGUCGGCGCGGACGGUGCUGCUGAAGCAAGGGGAAGUCAGAUCUAGCUUGUGCUUGUUCAUGGAUGACUGCACUCGCCUCACGCUGCCUCCAGGCGACAGUGCAGCCGGGGCAGCAGACCAUGGGUAGGGGAUCGUGCUCAGCAGCCAGGGUCUGUGCGAUGGAGGUGAUUGGAGAAGCUUUGCAUUCGAGCACGCACUAUACAAGGGGCUGUUUUCCAGGGACCAGUUUCCAGUCUCCCAGGGACGAGUUCCCCUUAUUACGUUACUAGACAUAGCACAGCUUGUGCUAGAUGUGGGACUUCCAAGGUAGAUACCAGAAUGUGACGCUGUUGUAAACCUAUCACCUGUCGCCUUCAGGCAUGCAUAGGCUCUAGGGUCUAGUUAUUAUACGUCCUACAGUGGCCAUCAUGCAUGGGGUGAGCAUCUGUAGCAGAGCUUAUUGUUACAAUUAUAUAAGUUAUAAUUUAAUAUAGGCUCGGGCUGUCGUUAUCAGGGUAUUUUACCCUGAUUCCCUGAUUUCACAGGGUAUUUUUUUGCCAACCCUUAAUUUUCAGGGUUGGGUUUUUUUGAACCCUAACCUCUUCAGGGUUGUAUGUUUGUGAACACUGAA